AUGGUGUUUUUACUGCGAGGAAACAAGUCUGCCACUCAAGAGUCCUGCAAGGACAUGAAUGUGGCAGCCAUUGAGGCAGAGGUGGAAUACUACGUGCAUCGAUCGCCCUUUCUGAUGGCUUCGGAAGAAACAGCCCAGCACGUGGGAGUCUCAGCCGGAGGAUCUCUGGCUCCCGCCACCUUUGAUCUCCCAGAAAUUCAAAUUGGAAAACUGUUGGGGGAAGGUGGAUUCUCCAAGGUCCUAGAAAUCAAUGGUUUUGAGUUGCAGAAAGCUACUACCACCACAAACAGCAGCAGCAAAUGGACAGGCAACAACAAUUCCGCCGACGCUUGGGACAUGUCGGCAUGGGACAUGUCCGCUCUCCCCAUGGCCGUCACCACGCAAGAUCAGGCAGAGAAAAGCAGGACCAAACUAUCCGAAUCGGCACGAGAUAGCCGAGGCAAUUCACGAUACGCUAUCAAAUUCGUCAAGGAUGAACUCGCCAAAAAAUCAUCGCAUGAGUACCGUACCGCCUGCUGCGAUAUUGUCGUCGAGUCCAAGUAUCUAAGGGCUCUAGAUCAUCCCAAUAUCCUCAAGUUACGAGGACUCUCCAAGGCAUCUUGUGCCGGAUUUGCCAAUGGACCCGAGGGAUUCUUUGUCAUUGUAGAUCGAUUGCAAGAAACGAUGCUAGACCGGAUAAAUCGAUGGAAAGAGGGAGAAGUAGCCGAUGAUGUCCUCAUUUUAAAGGCAGAUUAUGCCCUACAAGUCGCAGACGCAUUGGCAUAUCUACAUGAUCGAAGAAUACUCUUUCGAGACUUGAAACCAGGAAAUUGUGGAUUUCAUACCAACGACGUUCACACGGUGCAGCUCUUUGACUUUGGGCUCUGCCGCGAAUUGCCAGAGUCGGCGACCGAGUACGAAGACGACGAAUCCGCCUUUCAAAUGUCGGGGGCGGGCACAUUUGCCUACAUGGCGCCGGAGAUUGUCAACAAACGUGGCUACAAUCUGAAGGCUGACGUAUAUAGCUGGGCAUUUUUGUUCUAUGAAAUGAUCAGCUUGCAACAACCAUUUGAAGAAUACAGCAUUGAAGAACACAGAGAGUUUGUCUGCCAGAUUGGACAACGACCCAAUUUGACCAAAUGUGAUAUUCCAAAGGCGUUGCAAUCGCUCCUUCGAAAGGCAUGGGAACACGAUCCCUCGCUAAGGCUGAGCAUGAGACAAGCAUGGCAGCAAUUGCAACGCAUUGCAGGUACGUGA